AUGCCUCCUGAAACUGCCAAGGAGUUGGAAAUUGAAAUACCUGCUGAACGUCAAUAUCCUGAUCUUAGCAUUUUGAAAGUAGAAGUUGUGACUAUUGAAAUUCCAACUUUCAGGUCCCAGCAGCUGUGCAGUGGUCAUCUACUACUACUCCUGGCAAGUAUUCCUUAUAGCUUUCUGCUGAAAAACUACGAGGAGGAUGAGGAUGAAGAUGAUGACCUGUCACUGUCAACAUCCCAGCCCCGUGGGGACCCUGCCCAGAAUGUGUCUGUUUGCCCAGCUCAAUGCACGUGCCCGACAGAGGAGACAGUGGAUUGUGGUGGCCUUGACUUGCACAUCUUCCCCAGCAAUAUCUCUACGGACAUCCAUCAUCUUUCAUUGCAGAAUAAUCAAUUGCAAGAGCUACCCUACCAUGAACUAUCCCGCCUGAUCAACCUACGAACCCUCAACCUCCAUGACAAUCUGAUCACCUCUGAUGGUCUCCCAGAUGAAGCCUUUGAAUCACUGCAGUCACUUCAGUACAUCUACCUGGCCAAUAACAAGCUAUCUGUAGCACCACAGUUCCUACCCCACACACUACGCAUUGUGGACCUUGCUGCCAACUGCCUGACGUGGCUCUAUCCACUCACCUUUGGGCAUAAGCCUGGUCUCAGGUCUGUUUAUCUGCACAACAAUUACUUGAACAACACUGGUCUGUCCUUUAAUGCUUUCAAUGGCUCGGAUGCUGUCAGCACCCUGAUCCUUUCCAACAAUCUGCUCACCUAUGUGCCCCAGAAUUUGCCCCGUGGUGUUGUUCGCCUCCAUUUGCAGAAUAAUCACAUUUCUCGUAUCCCUAAAGGGGCCUUGAGCAGCCAGGGGCGCCUCCGGGAGCUUUACCUGCAGAACAAUUAUCUAUCCAGUGAGGGCCUGAGCCAUCCCACGUUCAGCAAGCUGAAGAGCCUCGAAUACCUGGACCUUUCCAACAACAACUUGACAGAGGUGCCUGCUGGUCUUCCUGCCAACAUAGUAAUACUACAUUUGGGCCGAAACCACUUGAAGGGACUACCACCAGAGCGUCUCAGCCGCGUGCGAGGCCUGCAGUAUCUCCUAUUGCAAAGCAAUGCUUUAACAACUUCAGGGAUGCACCCAGAGGCCUUUGCCCACUUGCGCUCCCUGCAUACCCUCCAUUUGUACAAUAAUCAGCUGGAUGGAAUCCCACCUGGACUUCCGCGACGUGUCCGAUCCUUGAUGCUGCUGCAUAACCAGAUUGCUCGCAUUGGCUUGAAUGACUUUGCGACCACGUAUGCUUUGACUGAGCUCAAUCUGAGUUACAACCGGCUUUAUAGUGCCCACAUCCACCGUCUGGCCUUCCGCAAGCUUAGGCUCCUAGAAACUCUGGACAUCUCUGGCAAUAGGCUCACGCUUCUCCCUGCUGGGUUGCCCACCAGUCUUCAAGUCCUCAACCUUCAGAAGAAUCAGCUCAAUGCUCUUUCUCCAGAACGGUUAGUUAACCUCACCGUACUUAAAGAGCUGCACCUGGCACACAACCGGCUGAAGAUCAGCAGUAUUUCUCCAGGGACUUGGCAUGAGUUGCAUGGGCUCAAGCUCCUGGAUCUGAGUUUCAAUGAGUUGUCAUACAUUCCACCAGACCUUCCAGAAUCACUGGAAUAUCUAUACUUGCAACACAACAGAAUUAUUGUCAUUAAGGCUGAAACUUUCCUCACAACAUCCAAGAUACGGGUCAUCUCUCUCAGAUCAAAUCGCUUAUUGGCAGCCAAUGUGUCGGAAGAGGCAUUUGCAGACCUUAAAUUCCUGGAAGUAGUAGACCUGGCAGGCAACCCAGAGCCUAUCAGCCUCUCUCUUCCGCAAGCUGGACACCAGGCCCAGACUCAAACGGCCACCUAGGAAAGCAGCCUGGAAGAGAUUGCCAUCCGGAAUUCUCUGCACUACUCUACUUCCUUAGGCCUUUUGAUGACUCUAAUCUACCUGCCAGCUUCUGGAAGGGGUUCUGUUGUAUAGUGUUUACUCUUGCGGUUUCAGUCAGUCAAAUACAACAAAGCCAGUGCAAGCAAGCUGCUUUUCUUGGGAGCAAAACUGGAAUGCUAAGUGCCAAUGGAUCUGCAUUUGGCUUGGCUAAGCUUUCCAGGAACUAAAGCGACAGUGAUACCCAGAAGAAGCUAGUGCAUCCUCCUGCACUCAUUUGCAAUAUUGGCAGGGACAUUCAGUGGAGCACUUCCCCCACAGUUCCUUCUGCAUCACUUCUCAUAUGUAUUGCCAAUCUAAUAGCCCAGCUGCUGCAGUGAGCUACAAAGUUGUAAAUGCCAAGGUUUUCUUCUCCAUGUGUGAAAUGCUAUUUAAUUGUUUUGCAAAGGAGAAGAUGACAGAAAUGACAGCUAGGCUGUUCACUAUCACAUAGAAUUUACUAGGCAGUGUUUUGAUCUCCCACAUUUAUGACUGUUUGAAUAGAGAGAAGAUUGGACUAGAAGACCUUCAAGGUCCCUUCCAACCCUAUUAUUCUGUUCUAACUAAGGGUCCAUCAUUACAGGACUAAAGUCAUAAUAAGGCUUGUAUUCUUCUAUGGAAAAUAUAACUUUAAUUGCAAUCAAAGACACCAUGCCUGUAUCAAGGAUGAAGCCAUAGAAACUGAAUUAUUUUAAUAUUAAAUGACUUCAUAAGCUAAACUUGUAUUAGCUUAACAUAUUAAACUGUUUUUAUACAGAGAUAGAUGAGAAAAAAAAGAAAUUGAAGUGAUAACAUAGAUGGAAGACUCCAUAAGAAUGGCAUAUUAUUGUUGAGCAGACACAUAAACAGAAUCCAGAUUAAAAUGAGGUUUGGAGAAUUUAUUACUGGUACAUUAAAUAUUUUUUUGUUUUGAACAAUCUUUCUCCCCUCCCGCCCUUAAAAAUGUUUUAUAUUUAUGUUAUCCUAUACAUAAAAUAUAGCCAUAACACAGAUUUGCAGCCUUUCCUUUUAACAUCAAUUCUGAAAACCUGUGGCUGAGCAAUAGUUUCAGAGACAGGCACUUUUAUAAAAAUGAGAUUGUGAAAAUGGGUCCGGAAAGAAAAGGGUAUAUGGUACAUUUGUUUUCCUUUUAUCAUCUUUACAAUAAACUAAAAUUUGGUUUAAAAAGGUAUGUAGGCGGAGGCAGGGAAGACCGCCUGGAUACAACCCGCAGUUCAUCACCUCAUUUCAUCCUGAGCAGCACAGCAGCAACAAUCCUGAGUUAAUUUCUUACACUCAAAUCUUACAG